AUGAAAGUAAAUUUUGCGGUGUCCGGAGAAAAGAUCGCCGGACAAAAGACCGUCAAGGGGUUGAUAGUGGAUGCUGGCUAUUUUUUUGUGAAAGGAAAAAGACGAAAUGACACGAUUUCUUGGAAGUGUAGCGAAUACAAAAAGGGAAAAUGUCCAGCUUGUCGUCACACCAGGCUCAAUGAGAUUGUGAAGUCGAUUGGUGAUCACAAUCAUGUUCCAGAUUGUGCGAAAGUCAAAGCCAAGAGAGUUAUGGUUAAUGGGAAGACCCAAAUAGCAGAAAUCAUAGUUUCGAGUCAUGUUAUUGUCGCAAACUGCACUUCUCAUCUCUCACAAGCUGUUGACAAAAAUCAUAUUUACAAUGGUCUUAAACGACCCCUGAAAAAUCAUUCGAUUCUAGAUGGGGUCGCAACCAGAGAUUGUGAACCGCUGGAUUAG